AUGAGGAUACUUCGGGCCAUUUUUAAACUUCUCCCCCUGAUUCUAACGCUGGCGUUUGUCGCUUACCUCUGGUCGGUAAAUCAUUGGACAUUUUAUUGGGCUCCUUCUACAGGAAUCCCUGGCCCGUGGUCCGGUCACUUACCAGUAGACACAACUGAAGGUAUCCAUUCAAAGGAAAACAAAUACGAUGCAGCAUCAAAUUAUUACGAGAUAGAAAUAACGCCCACCAAUGAAAUGAGAUCUUCCGGUCCUACCACCGUCUUCAUAUUCACCCAGAUGAGAAGCGGCUCCUCAUUCGUCGGAGAGAUUUUCAAUCAACAUCCUGGUUCUUUCUACCUGUUUGAACCUCUGUGGGCAGUGCAAUAUUACGACAAUGGGACACACAACGUCCCAGAGUGGCAAUUCAAACUGCUCCAAGCAGUGGCUAAUUGUGAGUUUGCAGGUCUUGAAGGGAUCAUGGAACAUUUUCUAACAGCUCCAACUUUCGCGGCAGUAGAACGAACCCCAUCGUUGAAAAAACUCUGUAAGAGUUUCCAAUGGGGAAUAACGAACAAGUCUGAUUCAAUCUGUCCCAUUCCGAGAGACACACUGGCUUCAGUUUUGAACCAGGCGUGUCAAAACUCACAGAUAAAUGUCGCGAAGAUUAUACGGAUCUGGUACAUCAACUUCUUUGAACCAAUCGUGGCAAAUGGCUCGGUAGUCGGCCGGGAAGUCAAAAUCCUCCACCUUAUCCGGGACCCUCGCGCCGUGGUCGCUUCACAAAUCAGAAUUUUCAAUCGCAAAGAACCGACUCCGUUUGCAGAAGAUUUUGUUGAUGACACGAAAACAGAAAACCUCUGUACGCAGCUGGUGGAAAACGUACAGACCCAAGAUGGCGUCCCGGACUGGCUACUAGGACACUAUGCCCUAAUAAGGUAUGAGGACGUUGCCAUGGCACCGGCUGCCAUGACAGAGAAACUGUAUUAUUUUCUCGGUACCGAAAGUGACAAAGCAGUCUUCCGUUGGCUGGCGAAAAACACAAACGCCACGGAGCCGGGUGAAAGCUAUUUCUCUCGGAAGAGGAACUCCAGGGACACUGUUGACGCCUGGAGACGUAAGCUGAGUCUGUCCGCCGUGCUGAAGAUUCAGAACAUUUGCCGGGACGCCCUGGAGAUGUUUGGGUACAGAACCGUGCAAGGAGAGGCGGAACUAACCAACCUGAGUCUGUCUCUAGUGGGAGACAUGGACAAGAACCUGGUGCAGAUCUCGUGAGAUGGAGAGUAACAUCCAUGAGCUAGUAACUCUGAUAGAAUAGCACGAGAAGAACCCACAAACUUCCCAAUGCACACGUACUGUUAUAGUACAUGUUCGAACUGCCUUUACAAAAUAUAUCAUGCGGUCUGUCAACAAAUCUCAUGAAUUUGUUGGUGUCACCAGAACGGGUGGUCACUUCCUAAUAUGAGAAGUUCAACAUGACUGUAUCUUUGAGAAAUAUCUUGCACUUACGGAGAGCCAGGCACCUACAGAGCUCAUAGAGUUUACUCAUGUCAUUACCCCCGCUUCCAUUUCAGUUUUCAAGUAAUCUGCAGUUUACAUGAAGACGCUGUAGUGUUUGCCACCUUUCUGAGAGAGAACUAUGAAGCAUGUGCUUUCGCGAGUGACUGCUAUAGUCAUAGAUAGAUUGGGACGUCUGUGUUUAAGAAAUUUUUGAGAAAUACAUUGCACUGUAUAGCUGAUUGAAUAACGCGAGAAGAACCCAGAAACUUAGAAAUGUACACCACACGUUGUGGCAUAGUAUUUAACCUAUUCACCCACAUAUGGUUAUACAUGUACUGGCUAUACAGGAUUAUGCAUUAUGUACAGAAUUGCAUAAUGUAACAAAUGUUGAUGGUAAAAAAUAAAAAUGAC